AUGACGGAGUUCUUUGGACCAUGGAGUGGAAAAGACGACGAUGGAGAUGUGGAGACAGUGGAAGAAACCGUGGAGGAGACGAUCACCACCACGAAAAAGUUACGUCCGUUUGUGAAGUCGUCGACUACAAAAACGACGACGAUGACAACGCCAGCCAAGCUGUACGGACGAGACAUUUCUCAGUACGAUGAGGUGGAUGUGGACGAGCUGCUGUCCAAGCUCACACAAGAAGAACUCACCAUGUUAGCGAAAGAUGUUGAUCCAGAUGAUAACUGUUUGCCCCCUUCCCUACGUAAUAAUUAUGCGUGUGAGAAGGACCCCACAGGACCACUCAAUCGCAAAAAACUUAUAGAACACAUCAACAAACAGGCCCUGGAGACACCUGAUCGGCCAGAGGUUAAACCCUAUGUGGCAGGAGUCAUACGGGGGAAGAAGUGGAUCCCUCCACCGCCCCCGGAGAAGAUGCGUGACGCGGAGGAGCAGAUCACAAUCGACCUCGGUGACGAGUAUGAGCAGGCGCUCACAGGAGCCUCGCAGGAGGAGAUCAUCGACUUGGCAGCUAUCCUGGGCUUCCACUCGAUGAUGAACCAGGAGCAAUACCACGCGUCUCUCCUCAACAAGGGCCAACCAGUCGGCCUGGGAUGGGACGGCAUUACCAAAGCCACCAAGCCCAAGAUUUACCCAAUGGACCCCCCCAACGACACAGAUCCCGAUGAUACGGUUAAAAGAGUAAAGGAUAAUGACCAGAAACUCACUGAUCUCAAUUGGAACAAUAUUAAGAACAUAAGCGACGAGAAGUUCGAGAAGCUGUUCGAAGGUCUGAAGACGAACACUCACCUGGAGGUGAUCUCGCUGGUGAACGUGGGCCUGAACGACCGCACGGCGCAGCUGCUGGCGGACGCGCUGCGGGCCAACACGACCCUGCGGGUGGUCAACGUCGAGACCAACUUCAUAUCGCCGCACGGCGUCGUCGAACUGGUGCGCGCCCUCCUCGCCACCACCUCCGUCGAGGAGUUCCGCGCCUCCAACCAGCGGUCGCAAGUGCUCGGCAACAAGAUAGAGAUGGAGAUAACGUCCCUGGUGGAGCAGAACCCCACGCUGCUGCGCCUCGGCCUCCACCUCGAGUACAGCGACGCGCGCCAUCGUGUCGCCUCGCAUCUGCAGCGGAACAUCGACAGGAGUGAGUCAUACAUACAUAUACAUACAUACACACUCCAUACAGACCUCAUCUUAUACAGGGUCAUUUACAAAACACUAACAAUCGAGCUCUACUAGACAGUUAAUAACGUUAUCAACAAUCAUUCUAUGA